AUGGGUGGUAACCUAGAAAAUGUAGCCGGCUACGGUCAACUCUCCCUCGGACAGGCUGUCCAUAUCGCCCAGAACAGUGACGGUGGUGUCGACCAGCGUCUUGCUCAAUUUCUUGAGAGACGGUUAGCGGAAGUUUGGGCAAAGCUCAACGCUCAGCCCACAUCAUACAUCCUUCCAGCAGACGAGUUCGCCCUUCUCAACUACUACCGGCCACGUUUCGGCGACUCUGUAAUUGUUAAAGACGCCACAAAACGGUUCUGGGACAAUCACAAAGCGGAUUGUAAAACAUUGGAUUCUCGUACGAUACCUCUAACGACGGCGUUACCGGUUUUCCUUGGCGGCGAACUACGAUUCAGGUGGCAUCCAGGGUCCUACUGCUGCGACAUAGUUGGCAACGAGAUUGGAAAGGCAAAAUCGCCACAACGUUCGGCAUACAACGGCAGAUUGCUACAACUCUUUUCCAUCUGUCUAAUGCUAAUCACGAUUCCUCGUGUAACACCUGCUGUCCUUAUCACGCCACCGCAAUUGCUUGUCUCAAGUCCUGCUUCCAAUAGCUUUACCAACAAUGAGUCUUCUCUGCUCGAAUGCCUGCAGGUUGCGCCUCCCAUCGCAAUUUCCUCUGCGGCAUGUCAGCAAACCCUGAUGGUAUACACCUUCGCCUUUUCGUAUGGCCAACCUUUCAUAGUCUUUCGUACAUCGACGGCCGAACCAACACAGAAUGGCAUCGUGUGGAGCUAUGUCAGGGACAUGAGUAGUCACCUCGCCCUAUUCAGGCAGCCUCGGAAGAUCAUCUUCGAUCUUGGGGACCUUGUAGAUGCCACAUAUACAGGAACUUGGCACACUACUUUAACGGCGACCUAUUUCACUGCCAAAAAUCUGCUGGAGCCCGCGGAUAUCGUUGUCCUGGUAUCUGCGCGCAGAUCUCCCGCAAAUAGGCCGAGUCAUUUCACCGUACCUGAGUCAAGAGCUGUCGAUGCUCUGACGAUCCCACAGAAUGCCAGGAAAGCAGUGUUCUCGAUCUCAGCCUGUGGUCAGGCCGCUGAAGAGUUUUGGUGGAGCAACGUACUCUCUUCUGACACGCAUAUGUUCGGCGACGACAAUACACUUUACGGCCAUUCGCCUUUCAGAGAGCUGCAGCUGAUCAUUGAUGGCCAACUGGCUGUUGUGGCAUGGCCAUUCCCGGUAAUCUUUACCGGUGGUGUCGUCCCUGGACUCUGGAGGCCUAUCGUAGACAUCGAUGCUUUUGACCUGCUUGAGGACGAGAUCGAUAUAACACCGUUCUUUCCAACACUCAUCGACGACUUGGAUCACAUUUUCGAGAUUCGAAUCUCCAGGGGUUUCGAGAAGCUUACCUGGACCCAGAACCUCGCAUACUCGAACUAUGACACGCUUGCGAAUAAGGGCAAUGGUCAAAACGUACGACAAAAUUCAAGUGGACUCAACACGUCUCCAGCUUCGACCUACUCCAAGGCUUUUGCCUACCCCCUGUGGGUUGCCUCAACCUACAACGCGCCCUCGGGUGGAGGGCUUACCAUUGACGCUACGAUGAAGCGAGGCAAGAAUGUCGAGCAGAUCGGUGAACACGCCUUCCCAAACGGAUGGAAAGCAGUAGCGCCAAGAGAUGCAAUACUCUGUGGAACUAGAGUGACAAAUUCGCAGAAUGGUACGACGUCCUACAUUAGCAUCCCAGCACAGAAGAAAUCGUACGGUUCUAGCAGCACGGAGCAGCACUACUUGCUUAGCGGCAUUCGGGACGGUUCCGAGACGACGGUUCAGCAUGAGAAAGUGCUCUAUCAACGAGACAUGCUCGCAGUGAAUGGUUCAACCCUGGUCAACAAGGAGGUUUAUGAGGAUCAGCAAGCAGAAGCAAUCGACCACAGAGUUAUAGGAGAGCGGGUGCAUGGCAACAAUUUACACGAUUUUGCAGCGGAAGGCAUCAGAGCGCUGCUGGGUAGAGGACCGCGGGCAAGGAAGGUAACUGCCCACGGACACCAUGGCAAGUGGAUACAGCAUCGAUGA